UGCGGCUCUCGGGCCGCGUCGGUCGUUUACCAGGCGAGCUCGCCGCACCGCACGCGCUCCGCGCCGAGUGGGACGGGCGGGCGCGCGCGUGCCGCGUGACAGCCGCACUCGGCACUGGGAGAGUGGUACUAGUUGAAGCGGAGACGCAACGAGGAAAACCCGUACGGCUUGGAGCGCAGCGGCAGGUGUGGGGGGCGGGCGCGGGAGAGAUGAUAAGGAUGGCGGCGACGUCUCCGCCGCCCGCGCCCGCCGUGCGGGUGCGCGGGGGCGGCGGCAGCGCGGCGGGCUCGGCGUCCGCGCGCCUCUUCGCGGGGCCCCGGAGUAGCAUCGCGGCGUCAAUUGGGAGGAGGGGGAGGGGGAGGAGGUGCGCAAUCUCGUGCUGCUCGUCGCAGGACGGAGAUGGGCCGCGCCCCGCCGCGGCGCCUUCCGACGGGUCGAUACAGCUCUACUCCCAGAUCGAGAGGGUGAUGACGGAGGCGGCGAGGCAGUCCCGGGAGGGCUGGGGAUCGACCGGAGAUUGGACCGAAGUCGAGGGAGCAUGGGUGCUGAGACCCAAGUACUCGGAGCCCUCGUUUGUUGUCCACUUCGUUGGAGGGAUUUUUGUCGGAGCCGCGCCUCAGAUCACAUACCGUUUUUUCCUCGAGCGGCUCGCGGACAGGGGAGCUUUGGUGAUUGCAACGCCGUAUGCAAGUGGCUUCGAUCAUUUCUUCAUUGCAGAUGAAGUUCAGUUUAAGUUUGACAGGUGCUUGAGAAACUUGGAUGAGCCUGUAAAUGAUCUUCCCACUUUUGGUGUUGGACAUUCCUUGGGAUCUGUUAUCCACAUGCUGAUUGGAUCAAGAUACGCUGUGCAGCGAAGUGGAAAUGUAUUGAUGUCAUUUAACAACAAGGAGGCAAGCUCUGCCAUCCCACUAUUUUCACCUGUAAUUGUUCCCAUGGCGCAGAGUUUUGGCCCAAUAUUGUCCCAGCUGACAUCAUAUCCAACAGUCCGUUUUGGGGCAGAAGCAGCCAUUAAACAGAUUGAGAAUCUAAGCCCUCCUGUUGUUAAGCAACUUCUACCUUUACUUCAACAACUUCCUCCGUUGUAUAUGGACUUAGUAAAAGGGCGGGAGGACUUCAUUCCAAAACCAGAAGAGACACGUCGCCUGAUAAAAUCCUACUACGGAGUUUCUCGGAACCUCUUAAUAAAGUUCAAAGAUGAUCAAAUUGAUGAAACCUCAAUCCUUGCACAAGUAUUAAGCUCUGAAGCAGCCAUUAGCUCGUUGCUUGAUAUGUCGAUUCGAUCACUUCCUGGAGAUCAUGGUCUGCCAUUACAGCAGGUGCUUCCUGAUGUUCCACCAGCAAUGGCUGAUGCAGUGAACCGCGGAGGUGAACUUCUGGCAAAUCUGACUGCAGGCACACCGUGGGAGGCUGUUGCUAAGGAGGUUGGUACCACUUUGGGUACCGACUCAGGCAUUCUACGGGCACAGAUCUCAAAGGAGGUUGAGACACUUGUUGAUGUAAUUGCUUCAUGGAUAUCUUCAAAUUCUGGUCCACGGCUACUUCGUCCAUGAUCAGUUGAUCGCCUAUUUUGCGUACAAAAAUGUCAAUAACACUGAAGAGCAUCAAGUUUUUAUUGAUAAACUGUGAGUAAUAAAAAAUUAGAUUGUACUUCAGUGCGAUAUGUUAGUACUUUAGAUCCAUGUUGUGGUUCAAGAAAAUGGAGAUGUCGUGUAUUUAGGUUGAGUAUUUUUUAACUUAGUUAUUUUUGUAGAAGGUAACUUUUUAAGGAAUAGAAAUAAGGUGAUAGAUUCUUGCUAUGGUAAAACUGCUCACUUGUACAAAGGGGUCCUGGCAAUAGGAAAUAGGAACAGUCCUUCAACAGCCGGAUGACACGGGGAGAAGGUGGGUCGAUGGUAUGGGCAAGAUUCAGCAACUGCUGAGGGCCAACUUGACCUGACAAGGAAGGAUGCAUGGCUCUGCCAAUAGGAACUUCGGUGGACAAGUCAUCUUAAUUCUUAACCCAUUGGCAAAGGCAAGAUUUCUUUCCUCAGAUUAUUUUUUGUCUGCAAUCAAUAACAGGUUAUUGUUAAAUACCUAUAAAGUGCUUAUGUAAAGUUAGAAUA